AUGGCGUCUCACUCGGCGUCGGAGGGAAUUCAAGGAUGGGGUGUCCCUGCAUCGUCUGGGUACUUUACUUUGCCGGUGGUUAACCGGGCCAAGAGUGGCAGUAGCGCGCGAAGCUGGAUUCGGGACGGAUUCUGGUACAAUACUAGGGCGCUAUUGAAGAGCGGAGACUAUGUAGUGAUUGAACUUGGUCACAACGAUGGUGGAGGGCCGACUGCAAGCACCGAGAGAGGAAGUGUUGUUGGCGAAGGAAGCGAGACGGUGACGGUAAGGCUGAAGAAUGGCACGACCGAGGUCGUCCAUACCUUUAGCUACUAUAUUGGUCUCAUGAUCAACGAUGCCCUCGCAAAGGGUGCGCACCCCAUCGUCAGCUCGGCUACUCCCAACAACCCUUAUGAGAACUCUGCGACGAUUGUUAACUCUCCCAGUCGGUUUGAAGGGUAUGCGAAGAAUAUCGCCGCUGCCAAAGGAGUUCCCUUUGUCUCGCACUACAAGGCGUGUAUCAAUGUGUACAGUGCUCUGGGAAAAGCCACGACGGAGAGCUACUUUCCCAAGGACCACACGCAUACAAACGCAGCGGGGGCUACGCAGGUGGCCAUUGCGUUUAUCGGAGGACUCAAGUGUUCGUCUGCAAAGGGAGUGCUGUCUGGAUAUCUUACGUCGAGUUCUGCUGCAAUUACUGCAAAAUGUUGA